CUGGCUCAGAAAUACGACCCCCAGUGCGAGCGGGAGCUCCGGGCGUGGAUCGAGGGCACCACGGGCCGAAGGAUCGGGGACAACUUCAUGGACGGGCUCAAGGACGGCGUCAUCCUCUGCGAGUACGGCCUGGGGGCCCUCCCUUUCCCCCCUCCCCAGGCGGGGAUGACGGCGCCGGGCACGAAGCGUCAGAUCUUCGAGCCGUCGCUGGGGAUGGAGCACUGCGACACCAUGACCAUCGGGCUGCAGAUGGGCAGCAACAAGGGCGCCUCGCAGACGGGCAUGACGGUCUACGGGCUCCCCCGCCAGGUCUACGACCCCAAGUACUGCGGCGGCCCCGAGCUCUUCGGCCACGACGGCUACGACGGCCACGACGGCCUCUACAACUCCCAGUAGCCGCCGGCGACGCCGCCGCUUCCACCCCACACGCCCCCCACCCCACCCCACCCCACGCACCGCCCCACGCAGCACCGGCCGCACC